AUGGAAGCCACAUUCUAUGACGAGUCUCUCAACGCACCCGUGCCUCCGCAACAAAAAAAUGUUGGAUUUGGAUAUAAUGCUAAAGCGCUAAAGCUGAACAUGACUCUAGAUCUUAAUGAUCCUAUGAAACACUUAAAGCCGCACCUUCGCGCCAAGGCAGUGGACUUACUGACAUCACCCGACGUUGGGUUGCUUAAACUGACCUCGCCGGAAUUGGAGCGUCUGAUAGUACAGUCUUGCAAUAGUUUGACAACGCCGACUCCAUCUCAGUUCAUCUCUUCCAAAAAUGCCACCGAUGAGCAGGAGGGCUUUGCAGAAGGCUUUGUCAAGGCACUUGAGGAGCUACAUCAUCAACAACACAUGCCCGUUAUGGAUUCCUCGGGUCAGGGGAUGCCCACAUCCACCAACAUGGCACCUGUGACCUCAGAUCAGGGAAACGUAUCGUUGAACAAUAAUUUGCGAGUGGAUCCACCAGAAUACUCGAGCCUGGGUUCCCUCGGCCGCGCACCUGCCUACGCCGACUCCAACUCCAUUGUGAAUUACGCAGCUAUGUCCCCGCAACACGCACCAGGCCUUCGAGUGUCAUGCCAACACCCGCUACAGCAGGCGUACAAAGACGAGCCACAGCGAGUUCCUGAUAUGAACGGCGAGACCCCUCCCAUGUCUCCAAUUGACAUGGAGAACCAAGAGCGGAUCAAAGCAGAGCGAAAGCGCUUGAGAAACAGGGUGGCCGCGUCAAAGUGCCGGAAAAGAAAGCUCGAGCGACUCUCGAGACUGGAAGAAAAAGUGAAAUUCCUAAAAACUCAGAACACAGAGUUGUGCUCAACAGCUAACAUACUGCGAGACGAGGUGGCGCAGCUCAAACUAAGGGUCAUGGAUCAUGUAAACAGCGGCUGCCAUCUCAUGUUGACGCAGCGGAUAAAAGCUUUCUGAGCGGGACUGUGAACAUUUCAUGGACUUAUAGACAAUGUGUUUUUGGAGAUAGCCAAGUAUUUAACGUAGCACUUAAAAAUCUUCAGCACAUAGAUUGGGUUUCCUCCAUUUCCUUAUAGCCUAGUCAUAAACUGCAAUGACAUCUCGAAAGUGUAUUCUCUUGAACAUUUGACCUUGUCACCAGCAAACUUCUGCAGUAGGCAUUCUGAUUUUCCUGGUUAGAGGGGAAAAUAACUAACCACAUGAAAAGCCGAUUCGUUUCUGAUUGUAGAAAUUUCAUGUUGGGUCGGGCGUUUGGAACUGAUAAUCUUACAAUGCUGAACUUUUGUUUACAAUUUUGUUAAUAAAAGAAUAAUCCGACACUGAA